AUGAUACGCGAGGUGCGUCGCUAUCAGCAGGAAGAGAAAGAAACGGAAGUCGCCGACGAUGAAGAGGAUGAAGAAGAAUACGACCACCAUCACAGGAGUGGUGGACGAAGAAGACGGGCGAAAGGUCUGGCCGACGAUGACGAAGAAGAGAAGAGGCCGCAAUUUGCACCUCCGCCUCCAGCUGAUUAUGGAGACGAUUGCGGAGACGAUUCGACGAGCGUCGUCGUCGUUGUUGCCGGACAAAACAAAACGCCUUCCAGCGAUGAUAUCGCCGUCUACAACACUCAGAUGCCUAUCGUAACCGAUUCGCGGUUCACCGUUGAUCCUCCAUUACCAUCCAGAUCGUCGGAUAGCGAAAGGAAAUGGAAAAUGCAAAUGGCUCAGAGGCGUCGAUCGUUUAGCGCUGACGCUCUGUGUGAACCUGCCCACAUCCAUCAACAAAGACGUCGUCAAGGUGUGAGAUUUGCCGAGAUAGUCCGAGUAGCAGUAGCAACAACAGUAGCGAGCAGAGUCUAAGCCAAUUGGAAGAUGGCGUUGCCGGCGCUUCUGCUGGAUGGGACAAUAGCGAAGACAAUUCGUCUUUGCUCUGCUCCA